UGCGGGAGGGGGCGUUUUACGGCGGACGGUAGCGAGCUCGUGCUGGAAGGAACCAAUAAAAGGCAGCUCAGCGUCAGUUCAUCCUCAACCCGGGAGCUGCGCACAUCGAACACUGCUGACUUCAAAGCUGAACGGGCGGAAAGUCUCAUCAAAGAUGCAGAGGUGCUUUGGGAUAUUUUGCGUGUCUCUGAUCUUUUGCGCAACUCUUUCCGAGACCAUCGGGUUGGUGAUCGCGGCGAAGGAGAAGCGAGGCUGGACUCUGAACAGUGCUGGCUACUUGUUAGGUCCCCGUCGUAUUGAUCACCUAAUUCAAAUAAAGGAUUCACCCAGUGCCAGAGGCAGAGACGAGCUGGUCACUCAAUAUGGAAUCGAUGGACACAGGACACUAGGAGACAAGUCGGGUCUGGCUGGAAAGAGGGACAUGGGUCAGGAGGACGACAUCAGAACAGGUGCCCUGAGGAUAGCAGAUGAAGACAUCAUCCACACAGUCAUUGACUUCCUGUCGUACCUCAAGCUUAAAGAAAUUGGAGCCUUGGACAGUCUGCCUUCCUCUGUAGCAUCAGAUGAAUUGGCCAGUCCCUGACAUGGCUUCACUGGCUUCUCACCUCCCUCUGACCCACACGUCAACUUGACAGUAGCUUGACUGACUUUGGAUUUGUCUUGGUAACAGUGGUGUGAAUGGCAGAAAUUGAUUGUCCCCAGGUACAAAAAUCUGGUAUUUCUGCUUCUGUGUAAAUAAAACUAGUAAAGGUCA